GGAGGAGAAAGUUGUGCGGGCUCGCGGGGGCGCGGGGCCCCACGGCCGGAGUCCGGGUCUUAGCCUGCAGGCGCAGGAGGCCGCGUCCCGGUGCGCCCCGGCCCGCGAGCCCGGCCCCUCGCGUCCCUCGGCGACCCGCGUUUGGCGAAGUUCCCCCCUUCACUUUCCUGUCGGUCUCCUGGGCUGGAGUAACUUUCCGUGGUUGUUGCGAAUAUUUCCACUUGCUGCCUCCCACUUGUCGGAAUCUGCCACUUGAAUGUUUGGGGCGGCGGGACGAGGAGUGGCGGGGACGCCCAUGGUGGAGCGUUCUCUCCCGGGCAGCUCCUCGGGCAGCGCGCGCUUUUAGUGGGGAGGACAGGUCCCCAGCAGGCCAAGGCUGCCGGGGCGGUGGCUUUUCUUUUCUCCUCAGAGAUACUGGAAGCUCCACAGGGGCUCCGAACGCGCCGCUGCCUUAAGCCAGCAGCCUAAGGCACCGGUGGGGAUGUGUGCGCGGAUGACCGAGCAGCGAUACCUCCGCCCUACCCGCUGGCUUUUCUCCGGGGUAGCUGGGCGCCCUUGUUGUUGAGGCCCUUGGAGGGGAGUGGAUUUGACCCGUGAGCGCGUCUGCUCCUGAAAAGUUCAGGGGACUUCUAUUUGGGUUUGGCUGCGGGAAGGAGGUGGCUGUGCCUUUGAUGAGCACUACAGCAACUGUGGUUAUAGUGUGGCUCUAGGGACCAAUGGGUUCACCUGGGAGCAGAUUAACACAUGGGAGAAACCAAUGCUGGACCAGGCGGUGCCCACAGGUUCUUUCAUGAUGGUGAACAGCUCUGGGAGAGCCUCUGGCCAGAAGGCCCACCUGCUCCUGCCAACCCUGAAGGAGAACGACACCCACUGCAUUGACUUCCAUUACUACUUCUCCAGCCGUGACAGAUCCAGCCCAGGGGCCUUAAACGUCUAUGUGAAGGUGAAUGGUGGCCCCCAAGGGAACCCUGUCUGGAAUGUGUCCGGGGUCGUCACUGAGGGCUGGGUGAAGGCAGAGCUUGCCAUCAGCACUUUCUGGCCACAUUUCUAUCAGGUGAUAUUUGAAUCCGUCUCUUUGAAGGGUCAUCCUGGCUACAUCGCCGUGGACGAGGUCCGGGUCCUUGCUCAUCCGUGCAGAAAAGCACCUCAUUUUCUGAGACUCCAAAAUGUGGAGGUGAAUGUGGGGCAGAAUGCCACAUUUCAGUGCAUUGCUGGUGGAAAGUGGUCUCAGCAUGACAAGCUUUGGCUCCAGCAAUGGAAUGGCAGGGACACGGCCCUGAUGGUCACCCGUGUGGUCAACCAUAGGCGCUUUUCAGCCACGGUCAGUGUGGCAGACACUGCCCAGCGGAGUGUCAGCAAGUACCGCUGUGUGAUCCGCUCUGACGGUGGGUCUGGUGUGUCCAACUACGCGGAGCUGAUUGUGAAAGAGCCUCCCACGCCCAUUGCUCCCCCAGAGCUGCUGGCUGUGGGGGCCACAUACCUGUGGAUCAAGCCAAAUGCCAACUCCAUCAUCGGGGAUGGCCCCAUCAUCCUAAAGGAAGUGGAAUAUCGCACCACCACGGGCACCUGGGCCGAGACCCAUAUAGUCGACUCUCCCAACUAUAAGCUGUGGCAUCUGGACCCCGAUGUGGAGUAUGAGAUCCGAGUGCUCCUCACACGACCAGGUGAGGGGGGUACGGGACCGCCAGGGCCUCCCCUCACCACCAGGACCAAGUGUGCAGAUCCGGUGCAUGGCCCACAGAACGUGGAAAUCGUGGACAUCCGAGCCCGGCAGCUGACCCUGCAGUGGGAACCCUUCGGCUACGCAGUGACCCGCUGCCACAGCUACAACCUCACCGUGCAGUACCAGUAUGUGUUCAACCAGCAGCAGUACGAGGCUGAGGAGGUCAUCCAGACCUCCUCCCACUACACCCUGAGAGGCCUGCGCCCCUUCAUGACCAUCCGGCUGCGACUCCUGCUGUCCAACCCCGAGGGCCGAAUGGAAAGUGAGGAGCUGGUGGUCCAGACUGAGGAAGACGUUCCAGGAGCUGUUCCUCUAGAAUCCAUCCAAGGGGGGCCUUUUGAGGAGAAGAUCUACAUCCAGUGGAAACCUCCCAAUGAGACCAAUGGGGUCAUCACGCUCUAUGAGAUCAACUACAAGGCUGUUGGCUCCCUGGACCCAAGUGCUGACCUGUCCAGCCAGAGGGGGAAAGUGUUCAAGCUCCGGAAUGAAACCCACCACCUGUUUGUGGGUCUGUACCCAGGGACCACCUAUUCCUUUACCAUCAAGGCCAGCACAGCAAAGGGCUUUGGGCCCCCUGUCACCACUCGGAUCGCCACCAAAAUUUCAGCUCCGUCGAUGCCUGAGUACGACACAGACACCCCAUUGAAUGAGACAGACACGACCAUCACAGUGAUGCUGAAACCCGCCCAGUCCCGGGGAGCCCCUGUCAGUGUUUAUCAGCUGGUUGUCAAGGAGGAGAGACUUCAGAAGUCACGGAGGGCAGCUGACAUUAUUGAGUGCUUUUCGGUGCCUGUGAGCUAUCGGAAUGCCUCCAGCCUCGAUUCUCUACACUACUUUGCUGCUGAGUUAAAGCCUGCCAACCUGCCUGUCACCCAACCAUUUACAGUGGGUGACAAUAAGACAUACAAUGGCUACUGGAAUCCUCCUCUCUCUCCCCUGAAAAGCUACAGCAUCUACUUCCAGGCACUCAGCAAAGCCAAUGGAGAGACCAAAAUCAACUGUGUCCGUCUGGCUACAAAAGCACCAAUGGGCAGCGCCCAGGUGACCCCGGGGACUCCACUCUGCCUCCUCACCACAGGUGCCUCCACCCAGAAUUCUAACACUGUGGAGCCAGAGAAGCAGGUGGACAACACCGUGAAGAUGGCUGGCGUGAUUGCUGGCCUCCUCAUGUUCAUCAUCAUUCUCCUGGGUGUGAUGCUUACCAUCAAAAGGAGAAGAAAUGCUUAUUCCUACUCCUAUUACUUGUCCCAAAGGAAGCUGGCCAAGAAGCAGAAGGAGACCCAGAGUGGAGCCCAGAGGGAGAUGGGGCCUGUGGCCUCUGCUGACAAACCCACCACCAAGCUCAGUGCCAGCCGCAAUGAUGAAGGCUUCUCUUCUAGUUCUCAGGACGUCAAUGGAUUCACAGAUGGCAGCCGUGGGGAGCUUUCCCAGCCCACCCUCACGAUCCAGACUCAUCCCUACCGCGCCUGUGACCCUGUGGAGAUGAGUUACCCCCGGGACCAGUUCCAGCCUGCCAUCCGGGUGGCUGACUUGCUGCAGCAUAUCACACAGAUGAAGAGAGGCCAGGGCUACGGGUUUAAGGAGGAAUAUGAGGCCUUACCAGAAGGGCAGACAGCUUCGUGGGACACAGCCAAGGAGGAUGAAAACCGCAAUAAGAAUCGAUAUGGGAACAUCAUAUCCUGUCGGGGAGGAAGCCCAGCCAAAAGGGCUGCCAUACAGAAGACCCCACAGCUGGACAAAGAGAUGAGCUCUGUGUUCCCAGAAGCUCCUCUAAUUCAAAGGAGGACUUUGGCAGCAACCAGGGACGACCAUUCCCGGGUGAGGCUGCUGGUGCUGGAUGGAGACCCACACUCUGACUACAUCAAUGCCAACUACAUUGACGGAUACCAUCGACCUCGGCACUACAUUGCAACUCAAGGUCCAAUGCAGGAGACCGUAAAGGACUUCUGGAGAAUGAUCUGGCAGGAGAACUCCGCCAGCAUCGUCAUGGUCACAAACCUGGUGGAAGUGGGCAGGCACCCAGCGGAACACACUGUGGGAAAUGCCACUCUAGGCCGUGCGGCGUCCCCCGGAAUGGUGAAAUGUGUCCGAUACUGGCCAGAUGACACGGAGGUCUACGGAGACAUUAAAGUUACCCUGAUUGAAACAGAGCCCCUGGCAGAAUAUGUCAUACGCACCUUCACAGUCCAGAAGAAAGGCUACCAUGAGAUCCGGGAGCUCCGCCUCUUCCACUUCACCAGCUGGCCUGACCACGGCGUUCCCUGCUACGCCACUGGCCUCCUGGGCUUUGUCCGCCAGGUCAAGUUCCUCAAUCCUCCUGAAGCUGGGCCCAUCGUGGUCCACUGCAGUGCUGGGGCCGGGCGGACUGGCUGCUUCAUUGCCAUUGACACCAUGCUUGACAUGGCCGAGAAUGAAGGGGUGGUGGACAUCUUCAACUGCGUGCGUGAGCUCCGGGCCCAGAGGGUCAACCUAGUGCAGACAGAGGAGCAAUACGUGUUUGUACACGAUGCCAUCCUCGAAGCGUGCCUCUGUGGCAACACUGCCAUCCCUGUGUGUGAGUUCCGCUCUCUCUACUACAAUAUCAGCAGGCUGGACCCCCAGACGAACUCCAGCCAAAUCAAAGAUGAAUUUCAGACCCUCAACAUUGUGACGCCCCGUGUGCGGCCCGAGGACUGCAGCAUUGGGCUUCUGCCCCGGAACCAUGAUAAGAAUCGAAGCAUGGACGUGCUGCCUCUGGACCGCUGCCUGCCCUUCCUCAUCUCGGUGGAUGGAGAAUCCAGCAACUAUAUCAACGCGGCACUGAUGGAUAGUCACAAGCAGCCUGCCGCCUUCGUGGUCACCCAGCACCCUCUACCCAACACCGUGGCAGACUUCUGGAGGCUGGUGUUCGAUUACAACUGCUCCUCUGUGGUGAUGCUGAAUGAGAUGGACACUGCCCAGUUCUGUAUGCAGUACUGGCCUGAGAAGACCUCUGGGUGCUACGGGCCCAUCCAGGUGGAGUUCGUCUCUGCAGACAUAGAUGAGGACAUCAUCCACAGAAUAUUCCGCAUCUGUAACAUGGCCCGGCCACAGGAUGGUUAUCGUAUAGUCCAGCACCUCCAGUACAUUGGCUGGCCUGCCUACCGGGACACGCCCCCUUCCAAGCGCUCUCUGCUCAAAGUGGUCCGGCGGCUGGAGAAGUGGCAGGAGCAGUAUGACGGGAGGGAGGGACGCACCGUGGUCCACUGCCUAAAUGGGGGAGGCCGCAGUGGAACAUUCUGUGCCGUCUGCAGUGUGUGUGAGAUGAUCCAGCAGCAAAACAUCAUUGACGUGUUCCACAUCGUGAAAACACUGCGUAACAACAAAUCCAACAUGGUGGAGACCCUGGAACAGUAUAAAUUUGUAUACGAGGUGGCACUGGAAUAUUUAAGCUCCUUUUAGCUCAAUGGGAUGGGGAACCUGCCGGAGUCCAGAGGCUGCUGCGACCAAGCCCCCUUUUGUGUGAAUGGCAGUAACUGGGCUCAGGGGCUCUGAGGUGGCACCCUGCCUGACUCCAAGGAGAAGACUGGUGGCCCUGUGUUCCACAGGGGGCUUUGCACCUUCUGAGGGCUCUCCUGUUGCUGUGGCAGAUGCUGCUCCAAAAGGCCCAGGCUUCCUUUUCAACCUAACCAGCCACAACCAUGGGCCCAAGCAGAAGUGUACCCACAAGCAAGGCCUUGGAUGUUUGGCUCCCAGACCUCCUGCUUUUGUUCUUUCUGAGUUUGUGGAUCUCAUGGCAAACCAACUGUGCAGGUGCUGGGGAGUGGGAGGCCCAGCAGAACCUUCCCAGCCCUCCUUCUCCUUAGGAGUGGAGGAGAUAUGUGUUCUGCUCCUCCAUGUCUUGGAAAAGAUUGGGGCUCUUGGGGGUCACAGCUCUGCUGCCCCUGCAACCUCCUUCAGGGGCCUCUGGCACCAGACACCUGCAGUCUGGACCAGUGUGACCUUACAAUGUUCCCUAGGUCACAAGAGAGCCCACCCAUCCUCACACCUAACCUGCAUGGGGCUUGGCCUACAACCAUUCUGUACCCCUUCCCCAGACUGGGUCUUGACUGUCCAGCAUUCACUGGCCGGCCCGCUGUGUCCACAGCACUCUUCGAUAAAGGUGUUCUUUGUUUUUUGUGUGGUCAGUGGGAAGGGGUGAAACUGCAGGGAACUUCUCUGCUCCUCCUUGUCUUUGUAAAAAGGGACCACCUCCCUGGGGCAGGGCUCUGGCUGAACUGUAGGUUGUAACCCCUGUGUCUCUUUGGUGGUAGCUUUCUUUGGAAGAGACAAACAAGAUAAGAUUUGGUUAUUUUCCAAAGUGUAUGUGAAAAGAAACUUCGUUUUGGGGGUGUGUAAAAUCUUAGUCUCUUAUGUCAAAAAGAAGGGGGCAGGGGAGUUUGAGUGUUUACCUCUUAAGACAUAUCUCUCGGGCCUGUUAUUUUUUCCUGGAAAUGUUCUUAAAAGCUCCCACCCUGGGACAGCAUGCCACUGAGCAAGGGAGAGAGGGGAUAGCCUGAAGAUGGUCCCUUUGGUUUCUGGGGCAGAUAAGAGCACCAGCUUUGUGCAGAAUUUGGAACUCCACAUUUGAAUUCCUUCCUAGAGAAACUCAACUGCCACCUUGAAAAAGGACAUUGUGGAGCCCAUUAUACAUUGAUUGAAAAUAGGCCAAGACAAUCAGGCCUGGAGAUCUAGGGUCUUGUCCAAAGUGAGUCAGUCAGUGAGAGGGAACCACCAUUUGCUAAGUCUCUGGUGUAUGCCAGGGAUCAUGCUUGGUAGUUUCCAUGGGACAUCUCACGCAGUCCUUAGAACCCCUAGGAGAGAGCUGCUGACUUGUCACCAUCUCCACUGAUCAUCUCCUCCAAUGAGGAAACCCAGGCAUCUUCCUCAGUGAUGAAAUCCUGGGUUCCAAAGGGGCAGGUAAUGGCAGUGAAACUUCUCUGUGCUGUUUUCUUCAUAGUCUCUAAGCCAAACAAUUAUUUUAUGGAGGGAAAAUAAGGCCAGAAGCUUCUGAGCAGAGAACUCCACAAAUGGAAAUUUAGUACUUUCUUCCUGACGCCAGUUCUUCUGGGAAGCCCAGAAUUUCAGAUAUAUUUUAGUAACUCAUUCUCAGCUCCCCAGGAAAGCCAGUCUCAUCUAAUUUCUUAGUCCAUAAAAACAAUUCCUUGUUCCCUUGGGCUAUGAAGGAACCAGCCAGGGACAAUCUCGACCUUGAUCUCUAGCCAGUCCUUAGGCUGGAUAUCUGACAGCCUCAGGUGGGCUGGGACCUAGGAAGCUCCCUCUGGAAGGCUGGUCUAGCCCCAGACAGGGCACAAGGGACACAGAUUUCAAGAAGGCACAGUUUGACCAUCAAGAACCCACGGUAUGCUGGGGAAAUUGAACCAUGGUGCAGUGAUGUGGAGCAGAUGAGUUUUCCAUGAGUCUAGGAGCAAGAGAGCCUCUUCAGCCUAGGGCUUCCUAGAGAAAGGAGCAUCUAUUCCUGCUGGGUCUUAACAGGCAGAAAAGAGGGGAAAAAAAAGGUGGGGGGGGAACUCAGGCAAAGGGAUCCAUAUGUGCAAUGGCAGAGAAAUGUAAAAAGGCAUUGGGAGGAACAGUAUGGGGGAGGCCAGCCCAGCAGGGGCACAGCACAACAGGGUGAGAAGCAGGGAUGAGCCAGGGUCCAGGAGACAGAUUCCUAUCGUGAGUGCAGACUUUGUCCUAAUGGCAACAAGGAGUCCAUGGAGCUUUAGAGAGAUGUACUCAGCUUCGUGUUGGCAAAGACUCCCUCUGGGCCAAUGGGGCUGCCUCUUUUCAUCAGACACUGUGAAAACAUUCCCUUAAGCGCGUACUUUUUAAUAUCACAUCUAUUUGUCUGUCUGCUCAUUGUUUUGUUGCUGGAACUAAAUAUGCAGUGCAUCAUGAAACUCGGCUUCUCUGAGAAACCCAGGGUCUCCGCUUUACCAGGGAGCAGGGUCACCAAUCCAGAUCUCUAAGCCCAUGAGGGUGGAACAUGAAAGGAGCCCAAAGAAGUUGCUUCCAAUGGCAUGGGCUCUGGAGCUGUCUAGAAGUCCAGGGACACCAGACUUGAUCAAGGAAGGACUGUCACUUUAGAGGUUCAAAAGGAAAUGCCUCAAAGCAAAGGCAAGCAAAGAACCCCACGAUGAACUUGCUCUUUUCCUUUGAUGAGCCUCUCCCCAGGUGUAUUUCAGCAGACCCCGGGGACUCACCCCCACUGGGCCUGAUAGCCUCCCCUGGCUCCAGCCCACUGCCCCAGCUGGCCUUCCCCAGCCUGCGAUGCGCCUGUGGCAUGGCAAAUCUGCCUGCUGUAUGCUAUUCUCUCAGAUCUUGGUACAUCCAGACAGGAUGAGGGUGGAGGAAGAGCUAUUUAACACAAAUCCUAAGAUUUUUUUCUGCUCAGGAAGGGGUGAAAUGGCUGACAGAUAAAAAUGACAGUGGCUUCUAUCAUUUUAAAUGGUAGGGAUUUAAAGUGUGACUUCACAGAGAAAGAAACUUGUGACUCCACGGAGAAAGAAAAAAAGAUAUCUCAGGCCAUGGUGGGCUAACCCAGCAAGGGCCAGUGAGGUUCCCCCAGUUUAUCCCCUUGUUUUCCCACAACCCAACCAUUCUCCAAAGAAAGCAGAGUGGCAUAUAGGUCUUAGGCCAGGGCACACGGGAAGAAAUUGAGGCUCAUGGAUGGGGAUGACUUCCCUAAAAUCCCAUGUGACUAGGAUGUGGCAAGGCUUGGAUGAAUAGGGGUACUUGUACCCAGGAAUCUGAACAUUUCCUUUACCCAGAAAACCUCCAGAGCCAAUACCACCUUCCCCAGGGGGUCUCCCCACCCCAACCCAUUGACAGGGUGAGCUCAGCCUGUCGUGAGAAGAGGAAAAUAUUAUUAAUGCUCUGUGAGUCUUUACAACAGGAACUCUUACCUUAUAGAUGUGGAGCCUAUUUGGUGAAGAUGCAAAGAAGUGAUGAGAAGACCAGGAACUUUCUCCACCUGUGUGUGUUGAUGGUCUAGGUAGUUUAGGACAUAUCUCAGCUGCACUCCAACACUGCAUCCUUUCUGGUAUGGAGAAUCUGGGCCAACCAGGGGCCCUUGGGCCUCAAGAAGGCCACAGUAGGCCUCUCUUUGUGGGAAUGGAAGAGGACAGCUUUUAGUGCUGGCCCUCUUUGUGGGUGUGGCCUGAAAAGGAACCAACAAACCUUAUGAUGGGGACGCUAACAUGUGAGCUCACUGAAUUCUUCCAACAUUCUAAAGAAGGGUUUGUGAUGGCCACGAUUUGACUGGUGAGGAAAGUGAGUGAUUUCCCUUAGGAGAGAAAUCACUUGCACAUAGUUCCACAGCUAGUGCAUGAAUGAACCAGGAUUUUAACUGGUUUUUUUUUUUUUUUUCUGACUACAGAGAGAAUAUUUUUCCACCAUUGUAUCUCACAUUUUUCCUAUGGGGUUACUCAUAACAGAAUAGAUUAGAGUGAAACAGAUACCUCGGUGGAUAAGCUCAAAGCAAACAACAGUAAGCUUAAAAUUCCUUCACUGUCUUACAUUUUACUUUCACAAUUCAUGCAAAAUUUGCAUUCCACUUUCUGAUUUAGCCUGAUUGGUUUUAAUUUGACUGUAUAAAUACUUUUUUAAAAAAAAUAGGGCCGGGUGCGGUGGCUCAAGCCUGUAAUCCCAGCACUUUGGGAGGCCGAGGCGGGUGGAUCACGAGGUCAAGAGAUCGAGACCAUCCUGGUCAACAUGGUGAAACCCUGUCUCUACUAAAAAUAUAAAAAAUUAGCUGGGCACGGUGGUGGCACAUGCCUGUAAUCCCAGCUACUCAGGAGGCUGAGGCAGGAGAAUUGCCUGAACCCAAGAGGCAACAGUUGUGGUGAGCUGAGAUCGUGCCAUUGCACUCCAGCCUGGGUAACAAGAGCGAAACUCCGUCUCAAAAACAAAAACAAAAACAUAUGCUCUGUUCCUCAUGUGGUUCUGUUCUGUUCAACCCACUAUGAUGAACCCCAGGUCAGCUGGUCUUGAGCUUGAGCCUAGAAUUGGCUCUAGGAGCAGUGACCCUGCUGCCUCCUAGAGCCAAUUGUAGGCUCAGGAACAAGACCAACUGACCUUCUCCUAGGCAGCUCCUUUGGUCUGUGGGUGCUCUGACCUCACUGUUCAUGAGUGGACCUCAACUAAGGUAUCUUCCAGUUGAGUGCUGGAAGGAACCCAUUGACACACACUAGAAUGAUGAGGAUUUGCACAUCUGACAUGAAGAAGGAGAAGCCCACAAAACGCUAAAGGGAAAGGAGAAGCUAGACAUGGCUGUAUUCAGCAAGUUCCUGAAUGCUAGGCUGGAAAGUGGUGCCUGUUGCCCAAGUAGAGUCACAUGGUUGCUGAUGUGGGCAAGUCUGAAGACACACUUCACGAGCAGCUGUGGAUCGGAAAGCUCCUCACUUUAACCUAGCCACACAUACUUACUGGGUUCCUACAGCACAUAGCACCUUGGCAUGGGGGCACUGUUAGGAAAGCGAUUACUAUGGCACAGUUCAUUCCUGGGUAAGGCAUGGGGUUGUGGUGGAAAGAGCUCAUUCUUUAGUUUGAAUCCCAUCCCUGCCAUUUCUUGGCCAUAGAGUGUUGGGCCAACCAAUUAAUGAAAAAAACAUACCUGAAAAGAGGAGCAUCAUCAACAUUAGAAGGGGUAGAUUUGGAGCACUUUAGGCAGGAAAACAGGAAGGCAAGGCCAGGAAACUGGAACCCAAUGAAUACUCAAAACCGAGGAUGCAGAUGACUUAUUUAGCAAAGCGGUCACUUCCAUGACAUAGCUGGACAAAGCAUGAGUAGCAGCUUGCCAGAGCCACUUGGAACAAGGGCAGAUCUCAGUGUCUGCAGCAAAAGAUGAUGACUUUCCCUCUGACCCAUCAAGUUUAUUCAUCCUCCACUCCCCAUUGCCACACUAGCUCUUGCUGUAUGUCUUCACCAGGAUCUACACUCCCUCAGCACUGGUGGGAACCCCUUGGAGUACAUAGAGGUGUCAGUCCAGUAAGGCUGCUCUACACAACAGGAGUGAUAACCCAGGGAGUAGCAGGUAGGCCCUUAUCGGGUCAUCUCUGCAGGAGUGACUGCCCAACCCAGAUCCAGAGACAUUCAAGGAAGUGAUAAUUCCCUGGUACCUCAUUGCCUGGGGACAGAAUGAAGAAAUCCACCCUCCCUUAGGCUGUAGCUGGCUACUCCUGGGCUAGGUAGGUCAUCAGCACCAAGCUAAAUCAGGAGUAACAAUAAGGAAGACAUGGGUGAGCCCAAGAGGAAGCAUGGACAAGGGGAAAAUGAUCAACCCAACUGGAGGGCAUGAUAGAAGAAAAAACAUAAACAUGGAUGGCCAUGCCAUCUCAAAUUCUUGACUUGCCUUCCCUGUUACUUAACAGUCUGAGCUUUUCAGCCUAUGACCAGCUUCAAAUCACAGCCAAGUAAAACAAGGAAAUAGGAAAAGUAGAUCCAACUAGAAGAGACAAGCUGAGAUUCAGAUUUGUUUACUCCUCCCAUGCAAGGGCUCCCUGUUAGGGGUUUUCCAUGUAUACAUGUCUAGAAGUGAUAAAAUGCAAGGCCUCGGCUUCACCUUGCAGGGAUCUUUGAGGUCAUGCAAGGUCUUCACCUUGCAUGUCUUUGAGGUCAUGUACCAUCUGAACAGCAGGGAGAGAGGUUAGUGGCAGAGAGUUGGAGGGCUGUUCUAGCUCCAGUUUUUCUGACACAGGUUUCAGGGUCAUGGAUUUGAUCCUCAGAAGCACAGCAGAGACAUCUAAGCCUUAUUUGUGCACAUGAGCAGACUCUUCUAGUUUUUUAGUAACAAGGGAUGGGCUCCUGCAUGGCACUGGCUGUAUGGUUGUCUUGUAGAGAUCAAGCCAGUCUUUUGCAUCCCACCUGCCCACCUCCAGAAGAGAUGGGAAAAGGUCAUCACCUGAAAUCACCAUUCACCUGAAAUCAGCUACAUUCACCACCUGAAAUCCACCCAUGAAUGUUAGGUCUCUAAAAGGAGGGAUAAGCACUCACAACGGUAGCCUCCAACCCCUAGCAUCCUGCUUAUCUAAGAGCUCAAUGGUGGUCCACUGGGGCAGAUACAUGGGAAUUGCAAGGGCUCAGGAUGAAAGAUAAUCUAUUGGGAAGAGUUUUGGGGGCUGGAUCAUUAUGGGGCUUCCUUCUGUCUCUGAGAGCUGCUCUGGAUGGUGGGAUGUGGAUUCUGAUCCUUGGUUGAUCCGAAAUUCAAUGUCUGGUGGCCUUGAAGUGUUAGAAAGAAAAGUAUCAGUAUAAAAACCUGGAGCUCAAGGUAAUUAAUGUAGUUCAUGGUUCCUUGGUAAGCAGGACUCUUGGAUGUGGAGGAGAAAUGUGUUACUUCCUGUAACCCACCAAAAUUACAAAAUUGAGUCUCUGUACAAUUACUUCAGUGCCUUUGGGCUUAUGAAUACCAAUCAGUGGGCCUUCUCUGUGAUGGUCCAACAAACUCUCAGUGCCCAUCCUGUCCCUUCCAUCUCCCAUGAAGAUGAAUAAUGUCAGGUGUUCUUUGGAUCAAAGGCUCCAGAAGGCUUAGAGGACAGAGUGGUGUCAGUCCAUGUAAAAUCACGCUUCUGAGAGGUCAGGCAGAAUCUGGUGUCCAUAUCCUCCAUAGGUCUACAGAUUAUUGGAUGAAGUCAAGCAUCAUUUGCUAGGCCCAGGUCAUGCCUCUGAGUAUAACUAAGACCCAUGAGCAAAACUUAAUAUCUGUAAGGAAGAACUUGCUGUCUGCCUGAGAGGAUAAGCUGCCCAUCUUGGCAGCUGUCUAAACAAAGCCAAGUAUCUCUUUAAAGGGAAGAGGAGCAUUGCUGAAAUGGCUUUCAGGCCACUUCCAUUCUAGAUGGGUGAGACCUUGUGGAGCUAGGAUCAUGUUUAAACUCAUUCAUACCUGUAGACCAGAAAUCCAAGUAGACUGUGUUUGGUCUGUACAGGUUGAAGCUCCCUGCUCUCCCACCCAAGUCUCCUUACGGAGCAGGCCAACCUGCUAUUGUGGCCACAUAUACUGGGCUGAUCCAGGCUGAUUAUCACAAAACAGCAAACCACAGGGAACAGCUGCUUUGUCAUAGACCCAAUACCCACGUGGAUCUCUGAUGAGAGCAGCCAUAACUCAGACUCACUGACCAAUAGGGCCAUAAGAGACAGCCAGAACCAGUGAAGGUCCAAGCAGGACACAGAGCAGGGCUUUGCUUAACGUACAUAUUAUCUCCAGAGGUUAUUUCUACCCCACUCCCUAUUCAAGGCCUGUUGGAGCAGAUUGCAAAAGCAAAAGCACAGUAACUCAGUGUACAUAUGAUUAUAAUCGUUUCCAGUGCACACAUCUCAUCACCAGGUGGAUCCUGAGCUAGCCCAUGUCAAUCCAGGUUAACUCAUAUUGAUAAUCAGACUCAAAAACACUUUCACCCUACAGUCUACCAGCCAAUCAAAGACAAAGAAUUGUGGUCUCUACCAUUGCCUUGGCUUCGGGACACCCUCAUAGCCCUCUACAGGCUAUCACAAGGUUUCUGCUCAACUCCAGGGAGGCUGACAUCUUCACAUCCGCUGGGCAUAUGAUAUUGCAUGAGACCAAAGUCUCCACACUGUUUGCAGCCUCCUCCAUGAAUCCCAAUGGCCUGCACUUGUACAGUUUGGGUGUUUGAUAGAUAAAGCACGUAUGAGAAGAGAAAACAAAAUAAAUCAACUUUUUAAAAAAGCCAGCACUGUGCUGUCAAUGUUUUUUUUUUUCUUUUCCUUUUCAAUUUUAGCUUAAAAAAGCAGAAGGUAAAUAAUGUCAGGUCAAUGAAUAUCAGAUAUAUUUUUUGACUGUACAUUACAGUGAAGUGUAAUCUUUUUACACCUGCAAGUCCAUCUUAUUUAUUCUUGUAAAUGUUCCCUGACAAUGUUUGUAAUAUGGCUGUGUUUAAAAAUCUAUACAAUAAAGCUGUGACCCUGA